UCCAAUUCAGAGAUCACAAACCAAGGAUCCCUCACAAACUCUCUGCUCCUGCAACCACUGUCAGCCCCUAUCGCUGUCACACCUGCCCCAGAAUCAGCCCCUGCUUCUGCCACACCUACCCCAGCAUCGGCCCCUGCUUCUGCCACACCUGCCCCAGCAUCGGCCCCUGCUCCUGCCACACCUGCUCCAGCAUCGGCCCCUGCUCCUGCCACACCUGCCCCAGCAUCGGCCCCUGCUCCUGCCACACCUGCCCCAGCAUCGGCCCCUGCUCCUGCCACACCUGCCCCAGCAUCGGCCCCUGCUCCUGCCACACCUGCCCCAGCAUCGGCCCCUGCUCCUGCCACACCUGCCCCAGCAUCGGCCCCUGCUCCUGCCACACCUGCCCCAGCAUCGGCCCCUGCUCCUGCCACACCUGCCCCAGCAUCGGCCCCUGCUCCUGCCACACCUGCCCCAGCAUCGGCCCCUGCUCCUGCCACACCUGCCCCAGCAUCGGCCCCUGCUCCUGCCACACCUGCCCCAGCAUCGGCCCCUGCUCCUGCCACACCUGCCCCAGCAUCGGCCCCUGCUCCUGCCACACCUGCCCCAGCAUCGGCCCCUGCUCCUGCCACACCUGCCCCAGCAUCGGCCCCUGCUCCUGCCACACCUGCUCCAGCAUCGGCCCCUGCUCCUGCCACACCUGCUCCAGCAUCGGCCCCUGCUUCUGCCACACCUGCUCCAGCAUCUGCCCCUGCUUCUGCCACACCUGCCCCAGCAUCGGCCCCUGCUUCUGCCACACCUGCUCCAGCAUCGGCCAAUGCUUCUGCCACACCUGCCUCAGUUCCAGUCCCCUCUGCCACCCCUGCAGUUCAAGACCUCGCUGCCAUUUCACCAGCAGCUCCAGUAGCAGCAGACAUGAUAGAAAAGUGUAUGAAAAAAUUUCUUAAAAUGUUAGGUUGA